AUCCCAGCGCGGUCAGUUCUGCCCGGUCUGCAGCAGUUUGGAGUGUCUCUGUCCGGUCAGAUGGACAUGAAUGAUGAUAAUCUGACAGAUAUCGUGAUCGGAGCACAAGGAGGGAUCGUUCUUCUCAAGGCUCAGCCUGUGAUGUCUGUAUCCACAGAGCUCAGUUUCAGUCCAAAGGAAAUCAGUCUGAACUACUUUGAAUGUCCAGAUGUAAACACAUUUAAUGCAUUUAAUCUCACGUCAUGUUUCACGGUGACCGAGAGAACCAGCAGCACAGGAUCUCUGGAGAAGAAGAUGAAUGUUUCUCUGAAUCUGAAUGUGGAUGUGGUACGAGGAAUGAGUCGAGGAUUCUUCGAUCAGAGCAAUGUGUCGUCCAGGACUCUGCAGCAGUUUAUCCUGCUGGAUUCUGGGUCCUCCUGUUUUAACUUCUCCAUCUUCAUGCUGCGCUGUGUUGCAGACACAGUAUCUCCUCUGAAGAUACGAAUGAAUUUCUCACAAACUGAGAUGUUGUCUGGAAACUCUGUGGCUGUUCUUGACGUUAACAGCAGGACGGAGGAGUAUGUGGAGGUUGCAGUGAAGGUGAAUUUUGUCGCUCCACUCGAUGAGAUCAUGUUGAUCAUCGGCGGUUCCAUGGGGGGCGGGAUCAUCGUGUUCAUUAUCAUAUUGGUAGUGCUAGUCAAGCGUGGGUUCUUUAAACGGAUGCGCCCUCAAGACUUCUUCCAAGCGGAUGAAAAUGUGACCUUGGUAAAGAAAACGUCGGCAGACAGAAAGAGAAUGGAGGGAUGUAAAAUGGAGUGAAAUAUAAUUUAUUUA